AUGCGAAAACGAGUGCUGCGCCAACUAUCAAACUGGCUGCACCUCGGGCUCAAACCUGAGUGCUGCGCCAACUAUCAAACUGGCUGCGCCUCGGGCUCACAACCUGAGUGCUGCGCCAACUAUCAAACUGGCUGCACCUCGGGCUCACAACCUGAGUACUGCGCCAACUAUCAAACUGGCUGCGCCUCGGGCUCACAACCUGAGUGCUGCGCCAACUAUCAAACUGGCUGCGCCUCGGGCUCACAACCUGAGUGCUGCGCCAACUAUCAAACUGGCUGCACCUCGGGCUCACAACCUGAGUGCUGCGCCAACUAUCAAACUGGCUGCACCUCGGGCUCACAACCUGAGUGCUGCGCCAACUAUCAAACUGGCUGCGCCUCGGGCUCACAACCUGAGUGCUGCGCCAACUAUCAAACUGGCUGCACCUCGGGCUCACAACCUGAGUGCUGCGCCAACACAACUACUGGCUGCACCUCAGGUGCAGCACCUGAGUAG